AUGGGGGAGCUAGAAUCUUUAGAGCAACUUCUUUUGGACUCUACAUCUAUAGAAGAGAUCCCUGAAUGGAGAAAGGCGAAGAAACUGAAAAUUCUCAGCUUGGUUGAAUGUAAAUCACUAAGACAGUUCAAUUUCAUUGGUUGUGCAGCAUCAUCAAUGGGAGUGGAUUUGUUUUUCACUCAACAACCUAAGUCGAUUGAAAACUUCAAUUCACUAACUGAGUUGGAUCUAACGAGUUCAGCAAUUCAGGAGUUGCCCGAUUUAAUUGGAAACAUGAAGAAUUUGAGAGUAUUAAAGAUGUUCAAAAGCAACAUAAGAAAACUACCCAGUGCCAUUGGAAUGUUGGAGAAGCUCGAAGACGGCACCGCAACUUCCAUAAAGUUUGAUAGAUCUAUGUUUUGUUUCGCCUUCAAUAAAGAUGUUGCCACUCUCGAACCUAUUAAACUUGAGAUUAUUGAAAGUGUGUUCUUCAAGUAUAACCACCCUAUCACCCGAUAUCAGUUAUCUUUCUCAGCUGAAGGAACUCAUUCUCCACUGUGA